UGGCGCGUGCUGCGGGGUGAGCCCCUCGCCGCCGCGGAUGACGCCGUCGGCCGCUUCAUUUUCCUUUUAGUUUGUACAGCGGGAGGUACCGGCAGGUGCGGAACGCUUCGCACAAAGCCGCGGGGGUGGCGAGGCCUGUCAGGCUGGAGGUCCUGUAGGGCGGGUAAUGGCGGCGCCCUGGCAUCUCCCGCAGGCCGCCAUAGCGGCGGCGCCCCUCGCUCCUCCCGGGCCCCGCUAACGCGCGGCCCUUCCCCUUCUAGGUGCUGCUGCUGCUGCUGCGAGAGCGGGGCGAGCAUGGGACCAGCAGACCUGGUGCAGAAGAUCAGUAUCAGCGCCGAGAGCCCCCGCGGGAGCGAGAGCAGCGGCACGGCGUUGGCGGGCGCUGACGGGGCCGCCCCCGGCAGCUGGAGACACAAGUGCGCGGCCUAUGUGCUGGCGCUCCGGCCCUGGAGCUUCAGCGCCUCGCUGACCCCUGUGGCGCUGGGCAGCGCCCUGGCGUACCGGGCUGAGGGAGCGCUCGACCCGGGGCUGCUGGUGGGAAGCGCCGUGACCGUCCUGGCUGUGCACGGGGCCGGCAACUUGGUGAAUACCUAUUACGACUUUUCCAAAGGCAUCGAUCACAAGAAGAGUGAUGACAGGACAUUGGUGGACCAGAUUUUGGAGCCGCAGGAUGUAGUCCGGUUUGGAGUCUUUCUCUACACCGUGGGCUGUAUCUGCGCUGCUGGGCUCUAUGCUGUGUCGACGCUCAAGCUGGAGCACCUGGCCCUGAUUUACUUUGGAGGACUUUCCAGCUCCUUCCUUUAUACCGGAGGAAUUGGAUUUAAAUACGUUGCCCUUGGCGAUGUGGUGAUCCUGAUCACCUUUGGGCCCCUGGCUGUGGUGUUUGCCCAUGCAGUGCAGGUUGGUUACCUGUCUCUGACCCCCCUGCUCUACGCUGUCCCUCUGGCCCUGAGCACUGAGGCCAUCCUGCACAGCAACAACACCCGGGACAUGGAGUCAGACCGGCAGGCGGGAAUCGUCACCUUGGCCAUCCUCAUUGGCCCCACCUUCUCCUACAUCCUCUACACUGUGCUGCUCUUCCUGCCCUACCUGAUUUUCUGUGUGCUGGCCACACGCUAUACCAUCAGCAUGGCACUGCCACUGCUCACCAUCCCCAUGGCAUUUUCACUGGAAAGACAGUUCCGGAGUCAGAACUUCAGCAAAAUUCCUCAGCGGACAGCCAAACUCAAUCUGCUGCUGGGCCUUUUCUAUGUUUUUGGCAUUACAUUGGCACCAGCUGGUGCUCUCCCCAAACUGUGAAAAGAGCUGUAGGGUCAGGCCUCAUAAUUCACUAUUCAUGCCAAUUACCAGUGGAUGUUAUGAAUAAAUGGCGCAUUAUGGACAGUGAGAAGAAUGGAAAGACCACCUUGCACUGUUGAUAGUGAAUGUUAUGAUUUCUGGCCUUGGAUAGCUUGUACAACACAGCUUAUACCUUCAAAAAAGUGAUUUAUCAGUUCUUCAGAAGGGGAGAACUGUGUGGCUUUGCUUUGAGGAACAAGCUGACAUAAGGUCAAGGAAAUGUUUAAAGAACCUCAUCCUUCUGCUGCCUAACUUUUUCACUGUCAGUUCAAUGAAAGCUAGAGCCUCAAAUCACACUCUCCAUUCACUUCACAAGCACAAUGAUUUCUCUUAUCACUCCUUUAGUGGUGAAGGAGUCCAGUGGCUCCCAUAUGGGAAUCAGAAAACACUGCCAAAUGUUUAGUAUCACAACGUAGGUGCCAUUAAUUCACUCUCUUGUAAGUGUAUUUCAUCUUCAUCUGUAGCAUGUUUUAACUUUUGUUUUGCUUUUCCUAGCCAAAUUUUGAGCCUUUAUUUCCAAGCCCCCUGAAAUGCACUAGAUACUGAUUCAUGAACUAUUGCUUCUGCUUGUCCCAUAUAGUCUAGAAAUGUCAAAGUUAUAAAUCUCUGUGGGUUGUGCUAAAAUGGAGCACAAAUAGCCCACUGCACAAACUUUAGGCCAAAACCAGUAAAUCUGUAUUCUGCUACAAAAGCUGAAGCUGUAAAUGCAAACCAUGUAACUGGAAAGCCCUUAAUGGGUAGAAAAACAAAUGGUUUCCAUUUUUGUAUUUGCUUAGAAUUUACUUUCUGAAAUGACAGUUUUUAAGUUAGGGAGAGCUGACAGAGUGCCAAAUUUCUCUGAAUAGCUAUGGAUUAAUGGAUAUAUAGGUGGGAAACAAAUUCUUGAUUUUAAAAAAGCUUUUUUUUUCAAUUUGUUUUUUUCUAUUUAUUUAGAUUAUUAUUCACAGUAUUAUAGUGAAAUGUUUUAUUAUAAAAAGCCCAGUUCACCAAAGAAGGAAGAUAUAGUGUUGGAAAAAACAAAUCUGAAUUAUUGCAUUGGCUCUGCAUAAAAAUUAGGACUGGAAAUUGGAAUAAACCAAUCUUUUUAACAAGAUUUUUCCUAAUGGAGUCCAGAGUUUGUGUCACUGAGUCACAAUUAAGUGAGCUCUGAAGGGAAGUUCCCCACUUUAUACCUUAUAGCAUUGCUUUGUUUUCUCCUUGCCACUUGCUGUUCAUGUGGCCCUUUGGAGAGCUGAUUGUCUCAGCAGCUAUGCAGCUGUGUGAAAAACAUGCCAAACAUAAUGGGGAAAAUAUGUGCCUUCCAGUGCAAAGAUGAAUUUGAUCCAUAGUAUAUUACUUAGUGGCAACUGAAUUCUCUUCUGUGUUAUUUAGUACCUGUACACAGGUUUCCUGAAAAGCUUUGCAGGAGCUGUGAUAAGCUCAGAGGAAUUGAUGCAGAUGUUGAGCUAGAGCUCCAGGUGCCAGGUCACAGCCUUGCUUUUGAACAAGUGUGUGUGGGAACCAUUUUACACACGAGCAAUAAACUAGCAAUAAGCUCACGUGGUGUUACCCUGCAUCUGGCAUAGGUAAGCUAUAGCCUCAUGGUGUAAAUCUGAAAGAGCCAAGUGUCCCAGUAGUGGGUUGUACUGACAGCAGUAAAGCUGAGCUGAUGGUACCAGAGUACAUGGUACAGCUCUUUAGACACUGGUUUUAUGGCUUCAUGUUAUCCACUGUUACCCAGCAGUUGUAUCUGAGCUGAAGUUAAUGGGGAGGAGUCUUUGCAGGCCUAUUUAAUGAGCCACAGUUUCAUCUUUUUUUUAUUAAAACGGGCAAAUGAUCUCUCUGAUCUGGCACUGGACAAGAAGAGAUGGACUUCAGCAGCUGCUUGCUACAGCAAAAUACUUGUUAGGAUUAAAAACACAAGGAGAAAAUGCACGAGUUCAGCUCGGAUGGAGGGGAGAUCCAGAAGGUUUUGGAGACUAUUCAAUGCAGAUAUACACAGCAAAUUUCUACUGUUGCUUCUUUGUGGACCUACAGAAUGAAGAAGAGCCUAGCUCCAAUAUCCAUUUCACAUUUCUGCAAACCAAAAGCUUUUGGUAGAGAUAAGUAAGGGCUGAGCUGACAAAUCUGUUAACCUUGCACUUGGGGAUAUACAAGUUUAUUGGGUUAAUCCUGCCCUUUGUAGCAGCUGUGUGCUUCAUUUUAGGAUAGCUUGGUUUUUAAUAGCUUUCCAUUUCAAAGAAUGGUUAGUUAUCUUUUCUCUACUUUUUUUACAAAAACUAGAGUACUCCAGCUAAAUUCCUUAAAGUAACUUGGCUUGUAUCUUUGAUAACUGUAAUUGUAAUAAUGGGAAGAUCAUUGGAGUGUGUAACUCUUACUGUAUCUUGACAUCCUACCCUUUCUUGGGUGGGAUGUCUACUUAGGGCUGGAAAGGACCAGUGCUUUUUGUUACUAAGAUGAAACAGCUCAUUAUUACAAAAAUAUAUGUGUGGAACACUUUCUGAGGUAGGGGGAAUUAAAAGUAUUUUAAUAGAAAAACUGAGAUGAAAAUUCGGUAAUUUCUUACUAGCAGAUGCUGGUUGCCUCCAAUUCCCUCUCUUUGAAGAACAGUAUCAUUCCAGGUUCUUGAGGAUAUUAGUAAUAACUAACACAUUCUUCACCAUGGUUUUGAUGAAGUCAUUUAACUUCUCUGUGUCUCAGAAAACAGCUAAUUUUUGCCUAAUUUACAGGGUUGCUCAGCUGACAUCAUUGUCAUAAAGAGCUUUGAAGGUAAAAAGUGUUUUAUCUCUGUGCUUUCCAAAAAGCUUGUUAGUACUAGAAAACAUUUUAGAUAGAAGCUAACAUAAAGGGUGACUUAACCAAUGUGAUUAGGCCAAAAUAAUCUUUACAUAUAAUCAGUGAGUGGUUAGAGAGGUUCAUUUAUUGGUUUGCUUUGUGAUGAAGAUGCUGGGUCUCUUCCCCUACCCGACUUUUCCCUGUCCCAUGCUACUUUCCCUGAAUAUAAACUUUAGAAAUUUUCUUUCAGGUCACUCUUGAUGAGCUGUAUUGCAGUGUGAUGAAUGUGCACUGGUAGAUGAACUGGUAUGUAGCCCAUCUGUUAAUGUGUUCUAAAGCACCUCCUGGCCUUUCUUCUUACCCAAUAAACUGUCUGAAUGUUACUCAGUUUAUUAUGCUAUGUUUAAUUAUUUUGUAUUACUCAAGUUGUAUUUUUACACAUGGAUUAAAACACAGUCACAAAAAAAAAGAA